GGUUCUCUCACUUUUCAGCACAGCAGCUCAGCCUGGGGAAGGUUUGGAUUUCUCAGCUGGCUGCUGGUGAUACGGGGUGGGGGCAGCAAGGCAGAUGUGAAAUGAAUGAAGUUCUUUUAGGACCUUUCUCCCAACUUCAUCCCUCCCCGUUUCCUCCCACAAAUUGGCACCUCUGGCUCCGCUUGCCUCGCUUUCUGUUUUCCCUACAUGUGAAUUCCUGCGUACCUGUCUCGACAAGGACACACGCAGCCCUUCAGGGCACAGCAAAAGGACUCAAACAGGAGGAUAUUUUGUUUUUGUUGUUGUGCUUGCCCUGUCGCUGGAAUAUUCUUGAAGUUUGGGGGAGUUGUCGACACGUUGGCCUUGCUGCUGUGGUGUAGUUUUAGGAUGGAUGCCAUCAUGCUGCAGGAGAAACUGGUUGAACGUCUCCUGUGCCCGCGAGUGAGAACGGCUAGACAGAAGCUGGCGUCGACUUCCAUCAGACACUGGCCUCAAGACACCCGUGGACACACCCUUCCGACUAUCAGGAGAAGCAGUAUGUGGGCUUCGCCACUCUGCCUAACCAAGUCCACAGGAAGUCGGUGAAGAAAGGUUUCGACUUCACUCUCAUGGUGGCGGGCGAGUCCGGCAUGGGCAAAUCCACAUUGGUCAACAGCUUGUUCCUCACAGACCUCUACAAGGACAGGAAGCUGUUGAAUGCUGAGGAGCGCAUCAACCAGACGGUGGAGAUCAUUAAACACACGGUGGACAUCGAGGAGAAAGGAGUCAAGCUCAAGCUGACCAUUGUGGACACGCCAGGCUUUGGAGACGCCGUCAACAACAACGAGUGCUGGAGGCCCAUUACAGACUACAUUGAUCAGCAGUUUGAGCAGUACUUCCGCGAUGAGAGCGGCCUCAACAGGAAGAACAUCCAGGACAAUCGUGUCCACUGCUGCCUGUAUUUUAUCCCGCCAUUUGGUCACGGGCUGCGUCCAGUCGAUGUUGAGUUCAUGAAAGCUCUGCACGAAAAAGUGAACAUCAUCCCUCUCAUUGCCAAAGCCGACUGCCUCACGCCUAACGAAAUCAAGAAGCUAAAGGACCGAAUACGAGAGGAAAUAGACAAGUUUGGCAUCAAAGUCUACCAAUUUCCUGAAUGCGACUCGGAUGAGGAUGAAGAGUUCAAACAACUGGACAAAGAGCUAAAGGAGUGCACCCCCUUUGCCGUGAUUGGCAGUAACACAGUGGUGGAGGCUCGAGGGCAGCGAGUGCGAGGGCGGCUUUACCCGUGGGGCAUCGUUGAAGUGGAGAACCAGUCCCACUGUGACUUUGUCAAGCUGAGGAACAUGCUGAUCCGCUCGCACAUGCACGACCUCAAAGACGUGACCUGCGACGUCCACUAUGAAAACUACAGAGCACAGUGCAUACAGGAGAUGACCAGUAAACUGUCUCAGGACAACCGCAUGGAGUCUCCCAUCCCCAUCCUGCCCUUGUCCACCCCGGAUGUGGACACUGAAAAAUUGAUUAAAAUGAAAGAUGAGGAGCUGAAGAGGAUGCAGGAGAUGCUGACUAAGAUGCAGCAGCAGAUGCACGAGAAAGACUAGCAGCGCCACCUGGUGUUCUCUCGAACAACAACUUGAGACAUUGAACGUCACACAGAAUUUUUUUUCUUCUUUUUAAUGAGUGUCUGCACAUUUAUCUUCAUUGUGUUUGGUGUUUUUGUACAAGUCCAGGUCGUCUGCCUUUUUCUUUGCUUUUUUGCCCCCCAUCCCCCCCCCCCCCCCCCCCCCCGCCCCCGCCCCCUUCCUCCUAACAUAACAUACAUGAUGAAUGCUUAAUUUAAAUCACUAAUAAGCGUAUCUAAUUUAUAUAUAUAAAAAAACAAUGCUAACUUUUAUGAAUAUUUUGUCAGGGUAUUUGCAAGAUGUAUUCUUGGUGACAUUUGAAUUUUUUUAUUCUGUGAAAGUGCGUGUGUGUGUGUGUAUGUGUGUGUGGAAGUCAUUAAUGUCUACAAGUCCAUAACUUUUCUUUUGUCUUUGCACAUCUGAUAAUCAGAAUUUUUUAUUUAUAUCAUGUCAAGAAACUCAGCUUUUUUUUUCCUGAGCUGAGCUAAUAAUGCACUUAUUGUCAGAGGUCAAAGAUGUUAACUGUGAACAUACACCACUAAUAAUGAUGAGAGGUUGCUUGUGUAAGCAUGCUGCCGUGCUCCUACGUGCUUGAUACUCUUUAUUACUUCACAGCUAACAUUUAGGAUUUUUGUUUUUGCUUUAUGGUGUUGAUGCUUCUGGUUGUUUAUUUUUUAAAACAUUGUUACUGAAUUCUGCCCAUGAAGAAGAACAAUAUGCAAGGGAGGGAAAUUAAGUGCAUCUUCUGUCCAAUUUGACAAAUAAACGUGUUUUU